AUGAAACCACGUUGUAAAUACGUCCCAGAGACAAGACCCAGAAUACACCCAGAUGCUAUGUGUAAAAUUAGCUUUAUAGGAAGUCGAGAUACGAUGUUCACAAAGAUAUUCGUAGGUGGUCUGCCAUACCAUACAAGUGAUAAAACGUUACACGAAUAUUUCGAACAAUUUGGUGACAUCGAAGAAGCUGUUGUGAUAACCGAUCGUCAAACGCAGAAAAGUAGAGGAUAUGGCUUUGUGACAAUGAAAGACCGUGCAGCAGCCGAGCGAGCAUGUAAGGAUCCGAAUCCGAUUAUUGACGGUCGAAAAGCUAAUGUGAAUUUAGCAUAUCUUGGAGCAAAACCACGUACUAAUGUGCAGCUGGCUGGUGAGUAA